CUUCCUCUUGCUGACCCAACAUUGUCUUUCUUCUUCUUCUUCUUCAUUCAAUAAGUGCUUCGCCGGAGAGCGCCACAUCCGGCCAUCCAGAUCGCCGGCAAACGCAGCCUGACGAGCGAUUCCGGUCUCGCCGGGACAGUACUUGAUUCGACGGCGAUGGACCAGGAAGCUGCCCGGACCGCCCGGGAGUCUCUGGACCUCGCGUUCCACAUGUCGAACAUCCUCGACACGGGGCUCGACCGCCACACCCUCUCCGUCCUCAUUGCCCUCUGCGACCUGGGCGUGAACCCGGAGGCGCUCGCGGCGGUCGUCAGGGAACUCCACAGAGAGCCUUCUCCGUCCGUCGUGGCGAUGCCGAGUCCGCAUCAGACUCAAAAACAGUGACAAAAUGCAUGUCUUGCGUUGCAGUGACAGCAGCACGACUGAAGAUUUGGUAAGGCGGUGCUCUCUUUUUCAAGGGCAGAUUAGUUGUUCACGGACAAAUCCUAGCUUCCUAUAUGCAAAUAAAGAUCUCUGCUCCUCUGUUUCUCUGUUUGAAGAGAUUGUCCAUCUUGAAGAUGUUACUUAAUGGGUUGUUGCAUGCGUGGCUAGUUUUUCAAUUUGCAGAAGUCUGUCCUUGUCUACUAGGAAUCUACAGCAAAUACAACGUGACUAGUAGUGAAUAUGCUUAUCUCUACCUAUAUUAAUGCAACCGAACACGCUUGUAGAGAUUUUUGAUGUGGAAUUUAAAGAGUUCCGUGUAAAAUUGAUGAUGUUCGGUUGAUCAAA